AUGGCCGAAGCUCCAGGGGAAGACAAAGGGACUGACGAAAUGAAUCUCGACGAAGAUGAUCCUUUUGGCGGCGCUGUCACCUCGGAACCCGAGGACGACAACGACUCUGACUGGCUCCAAGAAGAAGACACCGACGAGCUGCGGUCCGAAAGUUCGAUUGCAGAGAGCGAGAUGGAGGAUUAUUUCAUGCGAGACGACGAGAGUGAAGACGACAACGCGAGAGGGACGCCCGGCCCCGGCGGCAGACGGAAAAAGAACAGAAGAAAGCGAAAACGCGCAGAACCUUUCAGCGGAGUCAAAUCGCAGAGGAAGCGUCGACGAAAGAAAACCGCUGCAACCCCCAGCGAGAUGCCGCCUGCGCUAAAAAAGCUGAUGGGCGAGGCGACGGAUGCCUACUUAAGUGGCGAGUUCGACAGAGCCGUUCAAAUUCUCGAGGACAUUGUGCGACAGGCUCCCGGCCUUCAUGACCCCUUUCAUCUGCUGGGCCUGAUCUACGAGGAAGCGUAUGGCGACAAGCGUCGCGCUGUUGACUUUUAUCUCCUCGCCGCACAUCUGGUGGUCCCAGGAGACCCCGAGCUGUGGCGACACAUUGGCAGCAUGUCUCUGCAGCUGGGGAAUCUCCCGCAGGCGGUCUACUGCUUUCGGAGGUGUCUGCGGAAUGCGCGCAACGCGCGCCUCUCCGCCGCAUGCAGUGCCGGCUUUCAGCCCGGCGUGCACCUACUGCCGAUCGAGGCGGGGGACGAGCACCCGGGCCCCGACGAACAGUCGGGGGGCGAGACAGAAGAAUCCGGCGAGGACGACAGCGACGUGGAGCGAAAGCGAGAGAGCACGAAAAAGGGGAAAGAAAAACCCGCGACUAUGGAGGAAGAGGUCGCCUUCUCCCUAGCCACUUGCCACCAACAGAUGGGGGACCACCAUCGAGCUGUCUCUCUUCUUUACACUCUGCUGUCUUUCCGUCCUGCGGAUUUCCUUCUCUCGCGGGAAACUGCGAGAAGCCUGUUCCGCCUGCGCCGAGUCGUGGAGGCGCGGCAGGUUCUUGAGGCAGCAGUUCUUCCUCUCCUUCCUCGGCAAUUGAAGGAAGAAAUAACCAGGCAAACUCCUCGGCCGCCUUCUUCUUCCUCGUCUUCUUCUUUCUCGUCUUCUUCUUUCUCGUCUUCUUCUUUCUCGUCUUCCUCUUCUUCCAGCGAGGCUCGGAAGUCUUCUUUCUCGUCUGAGCAGUUGGUUGAGGAAGGAGCUCGGGAAGACGACACAGCGCGCACGGCUGUGGCCGAGGGGCGCUGCGGAGCGGAGAUUCACGAUUCACCAAAGACAGCAUCCAACGCUUCAGGCGAGUCUGAGGGCGGCGCGGACUCGGGCGAAGAAAGCGGCUCGGGGCUCACUGCCGCUUGGGAAGGUCGCAUGAGUCUCAAUCCGCUUCAGCUGGACUGCGUGAACCUUCUGGCGGAGGUGUAUCGACACCUGCACGAAUAUCAGCGGUGUUUCCUGCUUCUCCGCUUCGUUACUCGCGGAUGGAUCGCGUCGCAACUGCCGAUCGAUUUGCUCGUCAAACGCGCAGCAGCAGAGCUCUUUGUCGGCGAGACCAGCCACUCCGCCAAUGUCGCAGAAAAAAUGCUGCGUGCUGCCGCCAUUCCUCCAAAACGCCAUCCUUCCUCUUCUUCAUCCUCUGGCUCUUCCAUGCCUCUCUCGAGUUUAGAGACCAACGAUGGGGGCAGUCGCGAGACACCAGGAGACGAAGGAGAGACAGCUGUGAAUGGCGAGUACGUGGACCUUUUCCUUACUCUAGCGGAUGCGUGGGCGCAUGCAUCUGAGUACAGGCGUGCGCUGCAUCUUUACCAGGCGGUAGCGAAUCUCCCAGAGGUUGUCACAGACACAACGGUCGCGUUAAAGACGGCAAACUGUUUAGUGAAGUCGGGGGACUUGAGAGGAGCUGCCGAUUUUCUGCAGAGGUGGCUUUCCCAGAGUGAGGCGCGACGCCACCAGACUGCCGGCGUCAGAGACGCGGAAGUUCGACUGCUUCUCUGCGACGUUCUGAAGCAGCUCGGCCAAGACCUCGAGGCCGACUACACCCUCCUCACGAUUUCCUAUAAGCAUCUUCGAGAGCGCGACAAGUUGCCGAGAGCCUGGAGCAAUGCCGAUCGCGAGCGCGACUUAUUCGAUCUCCAGGGUCAACUCGACACUCUUCUUUCUCGUCCAGCUCAACUCUCAGCGCGCUCCUCGGCUGUCUCUUCGCCUUCCGCUUCUUGCUCUUCUUCCUCUUCUUCCUCUUCUGUAUCGGAUCCGUUUGAGUCUUUGCAUGAAACCUGUCGGUCGUCCAGUCGCGUUCCAGUGGAUGUGCACGUGCCGCGUUUCCCUCCUGUCGAUCCGCCUGCUUCGCUCGCCCACGACCCUUCCACGUCGGAUCCCGCCGCCACGACUGCGAGCCGCGGGACGUCUCCCUCGUUCGCGGAAGCCGCGGCGCGUUCCGUCGCAAAUCGCUUUCUCGCGCUUGUCCAAGAGUGCGAGCUGGACACGUGCAGAGUCCUGCGGCAGGCGUGUCGCACGCGCGUCGCAUUGGCGCAAGACCCGGACGCUGAGCGAUUCUUCGCUCCUUCUCUGCCCCGCGGCCUCGCCCAAGGAGCUGGGAAGGCGAAGCCGGUGAGCAGAGGCGCACAUCCCGGCGACGCAGAGGGCGAAGCCCGAGAGGAGUCUGGCGAAUCUCUCUCGCUGCUGAACAUGAGCAAGAAAGGCGCAGCGCCUGGUGCAGGCAGUGCGAAAGUGAAAGACCCCAACAAGGCUCUUCAACACUACAAAAUCAAACAACACUUGGGGUUGAGAUCCAUCGAAGACUUUGUCGGUCUGAAGGGCUACUUUAGCUUUCUCUGCAGCGGCGUGGAGCUCUUGCGAAGACAGCGCCGCCACGAAGAGGCGGUUUCGCUUCUCGAGUCUAUCCUCGGCAACUGGCGCCAAAAGCGCCCGGACGGAAACGACGCGCAGAAACGCGAAAUCAAAGAAGAACUCGAAAUUCUCUCCAUCACCCUGAGUGUCGAGGGACAGCUGAGCCGAACAGCUUUGGCCUCGCUUCGGCACCUCCUCCAGCGGCGCGCAAGCAACUCACGGCGUGGAGACACGUGGCAAUCGCUUUUGGAGGUGUACGGCCGACUGCUGUUCACGGGGCGGUUCGCGCAGCAGGUUUCGAAGGCCCUCGCCGUGGCACGAGAGAAAGACAUCUUCCUCGAGAAUCGAUCCUGGACGAUUAGGCAGCUGCUCCAGAGACCGCAUAACGACGCCCUGACGCUCAUUGUGGGGCACUUUUGCAUGCUGUCGUCGCGCUGGCGUUUCGCGGUCGCCGAGUACACGCGGGCGCAUUGCUUGCGGCCGUGGGAUCCUCUCCCGUGUCUCUGUCUUGCCGUCGCAUACCUCUGUCUGUCGACAUCCAACAAAAUACAGAAUAAACACGACAUGGUGCUCCGAGGCUUCGCCAUGCUUGGACGAUACAGCCAGCUGAGACGCCAGACCGCGGAAGGGGGUGGAGACGUUUGUCCGGGAGAAUCUGAAUCCGAUUGCCGUGCGUCGCGCACGCUUCGCGUGGCUGAGACUGUGUACAAUCUUGCUCGGGCGUACCACCAUGUGAAUCUCUUGCACCUGGCAGUCCCGUUGUACAUGCGGUGUCUUGAUCUGCUCGACAAGCACAGAGAUGCAUCGAAUGAAGCUGGAGGCCUCUCUUCUCCCGUUUCCCUGGGGCUCUCGCCCCCAACGCAGGAGCGCGGAAGCGGCCAUGCUUGUGGGAGUGGCGGUCUGUCACAGACAGAGGCGGUGUCGAACUCAGGAUCGGGCGCCGAGAAUAGCGAUGCUUCACUCCAACUCGACAAAACGCAGAUUCAGAAGUGCGCAGCGCUGAACCUCAUCGCAAUCUGGCGGAGUCAGGGCGGUGUCGCUCAGGCGCGAGCGGUGGCCAACCGCUAUCUGGUUUGGGACGCCCAGUAG